CGCCCGGCUGCAGACGCCGCCAUGUUGUGCCGCUUCGCCGCCGCGAGCAGAAGCAGUGCCAAGUUGGUAGCACCCUUGGGGUGCUUGGUUUCUAGGCAAAAGCACACUCUUCCCGACUUACCAUAUGACUAUGCUGCUCUGGAACCUCAUAUUAAUGCAGAGAUCAUGCAGCUGCACCACAGCAAGCAUCAUGCCACCUACGUGAACAACCUGAACGUUGUCGAGGAGAAGUACAAAGAGGCAGUGGCAAAAGGUGAUGUUACAACUCAGGUGUCACUUCAGCCUGCCCUGAAGUUCAAUGGUGGGGGUCAUAUCAAUCACAGCAUCUUCUGGACAAACCUUUCUCCUAAUGGAGGAGGAGAACCUAAAGGAGAAUUGAUGGAAGCCAUCAAGCGUGACUUUGGUUCUUUUGCAAACUUCAAGGAGAAGCUGACAGCUGUAUCAGUUGGUGUCCAAGGAUCAGGCUGGGGGUGGCUUGGCUAUAACAAGGAGCAGGGGCGCCUACAGAUAGCAGCUUGUGCAAAUCAAGACCCUUUGCAAGGAACAACAGGUCUCAUUCCUUUGCUAGGCAUUGACGUAUGGGAACAUGCUUAUUAUCUUCAAUAUAAAAAUGUUCGACCUGAUUAUUUGAAAGCCAUCUGGAAUGUGAUCAACUGGGAGAAUGUAUCUUCAAGAUAUGCAACUUGCAAAAAGUAGAGUGGAAUUCUUGCACAGACUACUAAAAUGUCACCAGUUCUACUCUGAUACCACUCUUGUAGUAGUGCCUGUGGCUUACAAAUGAAUUGUUCUACUGCAGAAAGCACUUCACUCAUCCAACAAAAGCAUUUCAUAAUCAAGCAAAGUGUCUGCUUGUUUAAUUCUGUGAAAGGUAUUUACUUAGAGUUCUGAAGCUUUAAACUGUUGUGCAACAAAGGCAGGCACUUUAAUCUGUUCCAUUGCAUAUAGAAACAUAGGUCACCUUGCUGAAGCCUAAUGGAUUUCCUUGUUGCACUAAAGUACCUAAGUGGAAAUAUGUGCUACUGUUACUAUAAACAAAUAAAACUCAAAAGAAGAAUCUUCUAUAACUGUCUACAAGAGACUCAUUUUUAGUAAUAUCUGGUCUAGUUACUUGAUUUUAAAACAGUUGGAAGAGAAAAAUGCCUUUUGUAGUUUGUUGUAUUACAGGCUGCAGAGCUUUCAUAAAGGUUGAAAAGAUAAAUAAAGGGGAAAUAGGUGUUGCUGUGCCUGCCUGAAUUGACUGUCUUCAGUCAUCCCUACCCCUUCCUGCAUUUCUUAUGUGAGGUAUUUGUAUCACACUGAUGCACAAGCAUUGGAAGCAUUACUUUGCACAGAGAUUACAGUACUGGCUCAGGCAAAUUGUUCACAUAGGGCCUGAAUGACAGCAUGUGGCACUCAUUUUAUCCUAACUGUUCAGAUGUGUCUUAGACCAUCCUUUAACUGAAGGGGCUGAUUGCAUGCAUAUAUCAAGUACAAGUUGUCUCUGUCCAGCCGUCUUGCUGAAGCAGUAGUAACAAAUUAAACUUGAUGCUUGAAGGCAGGCAUGAAGUAACCUUUUUGUUGUAACAGAGCAUGCCCAUGGUCUUGAAAUAGUUGGUAUGUUGUGCCUACCAUGGUGUCUGCUUGAAGGUGAAGGAAACUGGAGUUUUUUUCUGUUCCUUACUACAUACAGUGAAGUACCACAUAGCAGAGAGGAAAAACAAAGUGGUGGAAUGCUCCUCAAUAUGAGUGAGUGCUGAGGCAGGGCUUUGGUGGUAAGUGCUGUAAUGUGUGUGCCACUCAUCCUGGUUCUGCACACUCCAAAGGAACAGGAGGUAAAUGUGCUUGUAGAUUGGUGCUCUGGAAAGGAGUGCUUAAGCUUGGAGGAAGCUUGAGUUAGCUCCAGGUGGUUGAGGAUUUUAACCACGGAGAGCUCCUCAAGCACAGCCAACAUUUGCUGAGGCUCUAAAGGCAGUAGUGCGAGACCCAGCACAUGCUGGUAAGGCUUAGUUUCUGCUGUGCACCAGGUUAAGAAAUUCCACUCCUCUCCUGCUUCCAGUCUGCUGGUGAGUCGGUUCUGCUACCUUGUGUCCUGUCUAGGUCUGAAUGUGCCAAGUCCUCAGCUCUAUACAAAAAGCAAUGUCUGUGGCAUAGGAAGAUGAGAACUUAUUAACUGUUGAAGGCAAAUAGUAGGGACAGUGAAGCAGUGAAAAGCAUUUAAUGUGUGCAGCACUAUAAGGUUGAGUAUGGGCCUGUAGCAAGUGUGUUAGCAAGUGUGCUAGCAAAGCUGUUGACUGGGCAGUGAAAGUGCAUAAACCUCUUACUAAUUGUGUUAGGCAGUAAGCUCAGAAUUGCUGCUGAGAACUAGCAUUUAGUGUUACUGUGGUUGCUGUGGAGGUGGGCAGGUCUGUCUCUCCCUACAUGAGCUGAGAAACAGGAAGGGGAAGCCUCACAGCUGAUCUCAAAUGCCCUGUGUGGACAAGUCUGAGAUGCAUUAGUCAAACAUGAAAUUACCAGUUUGUUCUAUCUAGACCUUCCUAACCCCAGAUGUAAAAAUAGCUCUGUGUGUUAAGUCAUCUCCAACCUGAACUGUGCCCAGUAUCACCAAUGAGCAUGGAAUUGAUCUGCAUGAAAGGAGCAAUGAGUUUGCAAAUUUCAGUGCUGGAUUAGUCUUUGACCUGGACCAAACAGAAAAGUUGCAAAAUUGCAUCCAGACAGACCCCAGGGCUUGGGCAUGUCGCUGCCGUGUUUGUAGACACAGUUAAUUUGUGUGUAGGCCACAUUAUGUUAAAAUAAAAACUUGGAAUAAUUUUCAAGAGGGCAACAAAGUGCAGUACCUAACCCAAAACCUGGGAAAUUAUAGUGUGUCAUGGGCUGAAAGAGCAGGGUGCAUCAGGGUGAACCCAUAAUAAAUACUUGCAGGUGCACACAGAGACUUUGGUUUGCACAUUGCAGAUUUUGGUGGCUGAAUGUUUCUCAGAAAUACGCAAUUGGGUCCAAAAGGGUUUGGUGGCUGAAUGUUUUUCAGAAACAUGCAAUUGGGUCCAAAAGGGCAAUCUGUGCUGAGAAAUGCAAGUGCACGUUUGUGACUUUUCAGACUAUAAAAAGGCAUUAGAAGGCCAAUAUGAAUCACAAGGUGUGUGUAUCUCAUUCUGUACCAGAACAGAUGAAAGUAAUUCACAGCCAGCCAAACUGAGCUCUUACAGCCUUUCUGCCACCCCCUGUGGCAGGCUGUGGGAAUGAUGCCAUGGCCAGUGCCAGUGAGCCCUCAGGAUGGCACCUUCAGCCUCCUGGAAAACAGGGGGGGUCUGUGGGUGUCUGCUGAGCAUGCAGAAAUGGAAAUAGAUCAAAGAGGCUUUUCCCCUCUAGCUUCUAAUUGCCACCUUGCAAUUUUUUUUUAUUUUACCUUCAUCUACAGCAUGCAUUAAAAAUCCCCCAAAGUAGUAAACCCCUAAACUGUCUCCAGAAAACACUGACAGUGACACAGCUUGUGAGCUGGUAUGCUCUCCUAGAUAUCAAAGGCUCUUUAUUUACUGAAGACUUACUUGUCUGUACUUUGCAUUCAAGAAUUUAGUUCUCUUCAUGUAGUAAAGUUGGUUUAAAAUGCCACUGUGCCAUUCAGCUAAUAUUUUACAUGCCUGUUGCAUUGACCUUGCAGAAGUUAAUCAUUACACUACUAUAAAAUGAAAGAGUUGUGUUUGCAGUCAUGUCUAAUACUGAAGAAAUAAAAGCACUGGUAACUUGGUAGGCUUAAUCUGCUUUUCUUCUGCUUAAUAAUUAAAAGUAAUUCUCUCAG